GCAGCACAUUCCUCAUAUUCCAGGGCUCGAUAGCAGAAGAACGCGGCGUCGAAGCGACAACAGCCGAAAACACGAGGAUUUCUACACCUCAUGACACUUUCCAAGGGCACGUCGAUGUUGGGUCGUGGCGUUAAGCGAAAGUGGAGCUGCUUGGAGGAGCUGGAGGCCGAGGUGCUCCCUGCUGCUGCGCCGGAGGAAAAGCAGCAGAAUGGGGAGGAGGGCACGGAGGACGAGGAUGGGCUCCUUGUGGGUCCAUCCAAAUCCGAGAUGAGCCACCUGCAGCAGCGUCAGUUGGUGCUCGGCCUCUGCUUGGAGAAGCUCCAGAGCUACCAGGCAGGGAUGGAGCUCAGCCUUCGUCGCUCCGUGCUGCUCAUCAACACGCUCAGGCAGAUCCAGGAGGACAUGCGGAGCGACGGAGCGGGAACCUGCAGCCCGGACGUACUCCUCAACGGCGUCCACCCUGACUCCUGUCUUCUCAGGGACGACUUCAGGGAGGACAUGCCGGUCACAUGCCCCGGGUGUGCAGAGGGUGAAGAGGACAACCUGUCUCUGUCGCCACCACCGUCCCCUGAAUUCCCUUCUCAGGAGGCUAACAGCUCCACCGACCAGCAGAAAUCACUGCCCGCUGCGACGGUCAGUGCUUUUAGUGAUGCAGUAAACGCCAUGGGCUACCUCAGCGACCUCGCCCUGGACGACAUCUUUGAGGACAUUGACACAUCAAUGUAUGAGACUUCCGAUCUACCCUCCGCGUGGACGUCAGGCUCUUUGUGGCCCGUCAGUGUGUCGCUCUGGGCGGAUGAGGACGUGAAAAUGCGCUCUCCCAGCCACGGCUCACCUGGGAGUCUUCAGUCGUGUCUAAUGGACCUGAAUGAGCUGGACCACAUCAUGGAGAUUCUGGUAAAGUCCUGAUCGCCAAGACGAACUCAUGAACAUUUACUUCACUUGGUUAAUCGAAGGAUUUGGAAUCUGAUCGCAGCUACUCUGAACAAAGACUGAUUUUAGGGUCGAAGAACUUUAACAUAACCUUGGAUAUUUUAAGGCUCAAUCUGACAUUUUGGUUGAAAAUCUGUUGAACUUCAGCUGGUUUUAGGUAGAAUAAAACACUAAUUCAUUCAUAAGGAACCAUCCAGCAUUAAGUUAUGUACACGAGCUGAUGCCUCAAAUCAGAAACAAAAUAUUUAUUGUACUGGAUGAAGAAUCCAGUUUAAAAUCUCUCACGGUAUUAGGAAAAUCCACUUUGUAACAGUUUUGCGGUUGUCACUGACCAAACAUCCUGUAGGUGACAUAAACACACACGAUAGUUCCCCAAAUCACUGAGAAGUUAAAUGGUAGAAAAUAUAACCUCAAGCAGAAACAAUCAGACGAUUAAUUGUUUAGCUGAUUGACAGAAUAUUAAUCACCAACAAUUUUUAUAAUGGAUUAAUUAGUUGCAUCAUCUUUCAAGCAAAAAUACACUCUGAGCUUUUCAUCUAAAAAACAGGUUUUCUCUUGAGUCACCUGUGAAAAAUCUGUAGUAACGGUGGAUAAGACAUGUUUGUACAAAGUCACUACACGAAGAGUAUUGCAACACUUGUGGGGGAAGUGUCACAACCUGAUGGCUUGUAACGGUGUAAGAGUGUCAAAGGUGGAUUUUCCUUCAUUCAGUAAGACUGUAAAUGCAGGUGGAGCCUUAAAUAUCUCGAGUGUUAAUGCCACUUUUCUCUCUUGUUUUGUCAACUUUUAGUAAAAGCAGCAGGUCUCUGAGUGAAUCCACAGCUCAGGAAGAAGGAACCUGAGCUGCCGUGGGCUGUGCGUCACUCGGGCUGUUAGAUCAGACCUGGGUUGAUUAUUAAUUGAAAUCCCUUCAAUUACUUAAGAGGGUGUGCUUCAGCCAGCCAGGAGGGCAAAGGCCUGGGUUUCCUUCAGCACUGGGACUGAAUGGUGUUUUUAUUGCACCAUGUAGGAUCUUUAAAUUAGAAACGGACAUCAGCCUCUUGAACUCUUGGUUCAGCAGUCGGAGGGGGGGGGGGGGCAUUUGGCUGGUGAAAGUGAGAAUGUGGCCACUGAAUUUGGGGGAUUUACUAGCCAAAGAAGUAAGCUUCCAAUCCCUGGGAUUUGAAUGCCACGCUCACGUUGUGUCACAAGAAGCGGGUGAAAAUGGGAUGACAUCUCGGUCGGGUAGAGAAAAGGUAAAAUGUUUAACUUGUUGGAACGCCUUUAUCUAUUAUUAUUCUUAUUUAUGAAUGAAAAAUCAACCACAAACUGCAGCAGAUAUUACUUGUGCUUUGUAUGUAGAGUCUAUUGUUUGGGUGUGAGUGUAACUUAUCAUUUUGAUUCUGUAUGGACUGUCAGUGUGCUGGCUGCCAUGUCCGUUGCUUUCGUUGACCCCCGUGCGCCAUUUGUGACACCAAAUGGGACAAAGUAUCAGAGCCUGUACAAGAAACACACUCAAGUUAUUCCUCCUUGGCAGCUUGUAUUUUACAGUAAAUCUAACGUGACAUGAACGCAGCAUAAAACAUGUAUUUUAAAUAGUAAUGUAAUCCCAGUCUGGUUCUGACUGAGGAGCUGAUUGCCUCAAGUCAACAAUCAGGACAACUUUGCCAUGUCUCAGAAUUGUAAAUGACAAUGGAAGCCUAUGUAUUUUUAUGGCCUUGAUGGUGUGAAGUUUUAUUGCAAUGUUUUUUUGUUAUUUUUUUAAAGUUUUAUAUGUGUUUCUACCUGAAACUCCAAUGUCCUGUCCAAUAGAAGAGAUGCAGUGAGAGGAAGGUUGCGAUGAAUCGAAUGCUUGACCUUCACUAUCUGUGGUUUACUCCUGUUCUACCUCCUGAUGUCUGUUUGUUGUCAGUUAACCUGGACACUCCUGUUUCACACCGUGAGCCAUAGACUAUCUGUUACUGAUAGAAACAAUCUAGUGGAGUUUAUUUCAUUGUUUGAUCUCGGCUGAAAAUCCAACGCUACCCUGUCAGACCAAAGUAAUCCGUCCUCAUCUCCAUCUCUGGUCUCAUGUCGACAACGUGCCUUACUACUGAACCUAAUUUUCGCUCGUGUUGAGGUGUUUGUGGCCGUCUGAGCUCGUGCUUCAUUGAUAAAAAACCUUAAGAUUGGGGCUUUAUGUAAAGCACAGAACCGUCAUCGUUUCUUCCCUCUUUUCUUGGCCUUUUUUCCGCGCUCACUGAACACCACUGGCAUAUGAGCUUAAUGUAUCCUGACAGGCUGACAGUGAACUAGCUGAGGGAGGAGGUGGCAGCCAGGGCCAGGAGGGAAAAAUAAGA